UGGAAACUUCCCUUGGACUGUUUUUCCCAGUCUUUUUGCACUGAACUGCCAAAUAUCCCUUUUGUUUGUAAUGGAGACUUCUCUUUUCUUAUUUCCAUACAGUAACCAAAUUAGAAUUGCAAAAAGAUUGAUAGAGGAAGGAGCGAGAUUCUGGAACUCAAUUUCACAAGAUAACCAACACGUGAAUUGGGAGAGUGUGGUUUUCGAGAUCGAAGAGCAGGUCAUGAAGAUAUCGUGCUGCAAUACAAGAUCUCUCAGCCAACAGGAUUUUGAGAUUCUUCCGAGAGUCGCUGGAUGCCGUGAUUGUAUGACAAAAGAGAACUUCGAGAAAAUGUGGUUGGUUUAUAUCCUGUUGCCUUUGCUCUAUCGAGAAGUGCACUGAGAGAGGUGAUGGGCCUCUAAAUCGCCCACAUGGAUAGAAGGAUUUGUCACGAAGGAAGAAGCAGAAGCUUCGCUUCAGAUAUUGAUUCAGGCUGAUCUCACCUUCAAGUUUCAUACCUGGAGUGAGGUACUACGAGUUAUCUACUUAAAUAUUUGAUUCAGAUAUCAUUACCCAAAAAAAAAAAAAUGUCGAUUCAGAUAUUCAAUUUGUUGAUAUUAAUUCUCCAUGACAAAAAAAAAAAUAUACAUACAUAUAUGUCGAGUUACAUUCUUAUGGUAUUUUAAAAACAUUUACCGACUAUAGAAGAGUUGCACGAUGUUGCUAACCAGAACGAAUAGGAGGCCGAAAAAUAUAGCCAGCGAGAUCAAGACUUCGUUGAGAGAAAUCAUUCUUAAGAAAGUGAAGACAAUGGAGAAAGGGGAAGUAGGUUAUGAGGAAUUAUUGGGUCUUCUACUUGAAUCAAAUCAUCGGGAAAUCGUGGAGAGUGGGCACGAGAAAGGGAUGAGCAUCGACAAGGUGAUCAGUGAGUGCAAGUUAUUUUACUUAGCCGGGCAGGAGACGACUGCCAUUCUGAUUGUUCGGACUCUGAUACUGCUGAGCAAGCACUAUGACUGGCAAGCUAAGGCAAGGGAAGAGAUUCUGCAAGUCUUCGAGGACAAAGAACCCAAUUUCGACGGCUUAUUACGCUUUAAAACUGUGGAUAGGGUCCUGCGACUAUACCUGCUGGGAACUGGUAUGUACCGAAAAACUUACAGGGCUGCCAGAUUGGGUGCGUACUACCUUCCCUUGGAUGUUAUCAUUUUCAUGCCAGUCCUCCUAGUCCACCACGACCAACAAGUACGGGGCAAAGAUGCGCAAGUUUUCAACCCGAAGAGGUUCUCAGGAGUCUCUAAGGCAAGCACUGGUUAGUCCCUGCUCCCGUACCUGCCCUUCAGUGCUGGUCCAAGAGUCUGCAUCAGUCAGAACUUUGCUUUCAUCGAGGCCAAGGCUGUCCUGGCAAAGAUCUUGCCGUGGUUCUCAAUGGAACUGUCUCCAUCCUAUUAGCAUGCUCCUUCGAACCUGCUCACUAUCCGGCCCCAGUUCGGUGCUCCGCUCAUCUUGCAGAAAUUAUCAGGUGUUGUUUAAUAAGUUGAGUGCGGGAAGGAAGAUGGAUUUAAUCCUCUGAUCAUGUUCCAAAUCCAGCCAUUAAUUAUAAGAUGUAGUGUUUUAUCAUAAACGUCAAUAAAACUAGCAGUACGUCUUGCUGCGCUGAGUCACUAACUAAUAGUCCAACAUAAUUUGUUUUAA